ACCCAAAUACCUCAGUAUAUGACUAAUCUCUCAGUGUAUGCAAGGUGUGCAAUUUAUUUAAAAAACAUAGCAUGUCAACCCUAACACACAAUUCGCUGCACAUGUACCCUGGUCCCUCAGAAGAGUUAGACACCAUUAAGAGAUAAUUGAGAACCCUAUAGUGAACACCACUACUAAAAAAAGUAGCUAAACCCAAUAGAGAUCUGCACGGAGCUGUGAACGCGAGAAGAUUCCGCUGCACUGACGGUUGCCGAGAGGCUGAAGUGUGCGAGUGCUGUACCUCGCUGCGGCGAUACGGUACGUCCGGGAAGUACAGCC